UGUUUCUGUGAAAAAGAAACUCGUCUAUGUCUUGGAUGGCUUUAGGGCGGAUCCACAUCACCAAAGCCACACUGCAGUAUUUAAAUGGUGACUAUGAAGUGGAACCAGGUUUUGGAGGGGAGAGAAAUACAUACUUGAAAGACAACAACAUAGAGACGUUUUUGGUCCUGGGUUGCAGUCAAAAAAGGAAAGAGGAAAAAGCAAUGAUGGCUAAGAUGCAGCGUGCUAGAGCCAACUCUUCAGAGGGUCUGAUGUCGCGGUGGGUUCCUGACAGAUCUUUCUCCAGGACUAAAGAUUCCAAAGUCUUCAGACAGAUGGGCAUAGAUGAAGCCUCCAGCAAAGAUAACCACUGUGCCCAAGAGGCCCUGAACCCAGAGGACGAGGUCGAUGAGUUUUUAGGACGUGCCAUUGAUGCUCGCAGCAUUGACCAGCUGCGGAAAGACCAUGUCAAGAAGUUCCUGCUCACAUUCCAAACACCUUUUCUGGAGAAAAAGUAUUCAAAAAAGGUGGAUGAUCGUUUUGGUGGUUAUGUGGCCUGUACACUUGUCGUCUUCUGCUUUAUUGUUUUUAUACAAAUCAUCAUAUUUCCACAUACACCGUUAAUGCUGGGCAUGUUCAUCAGCAUCUUUAUUAUUCUCGCCCAUGUCCUCUUUAUAUGUGCCAUUUACUCCUGUGUUAAGCUUUUCCCAGUUACCUUGCAGACAGUGUCAAAGAGGAUUGUUCAGUCCCGUGUCAACAGCACACUUGUCGGAGUCUUUACAAUUUUGCUUCUUUGCAUCUCUGUCUUUGUUAAUAUGGUAGGAAUUGGAUCUGAGUCUGUUGCUGGCUGGAAAAAAAAAAUCCUGUGUCAGUUUUUCCCCCCCUGUAUGUCAGUGUAAUUCUACACUAGCA